GCCCGCCCGCCCGCGGGGCGCCCGCCCGCCGCUGCACGCCCGCCUUCCCAAAGCGGUUCUUCUCCGCGGAGGGCAGAACUUGCCGGACUCUGAGGGUGCAUUUUGCAGGGAGUGGAAAGGAAGAAGGAAGAGGAAUCCUAGUGGCGGCGGCGGGAAAGGUGUCCCCAGGACCUGCAGAGAACCCCGCCUUAACGUCACCGUACGAUGGAACGUAAGAAGUCACCCGACGGCGGAUGGGGCUGGGUGAUUGUGUUCGUGUCCUUCUUCACUCAGUUUUUGUGUUACGGGUCCCCGCUGGCGGUUGGAGUCUUAUAUAUAGAGUGGCUGGAUGCCUUCGGUGAAGGGAAAGGAAAAACAGCUUGGGUCGGGUCCCUGGCAAGUGGAGUUGGCUUGCUUGCAAGUCCUGUCUGCAGUCUCUGUGUCUCAUCUUUUGGAGCAAGAUCUGUCACAAUCUUCAGUGGCUUCAUGGUGGCUGGAGGCCUGAUGUUGAGCAGUUUUGCCCCCAAUAUCUACUUUCUGUUUUUCUCCUAUGGUAUCGUUGUAGGUCUUGGAUGUGGUUUAUUAUACACUGCAACAGUGACCAUCACGUGUCAGUAUUUUGACAGCCGCAGAGGCCUUGCACUUGGCCUGAUUUCAACAGGUUCAAGCGUUGGCCUUUUUAUCUAUGCUGCUCUCCAGAAGAUGUUGAUUGACUUCUACGGGCUGGACGGCUGCCUGCUGAUUGUCGGUGCUUUAGCUUUAAAUAUAUUAGCCUGUGGCAGCCUGAUGAGACCCCUGCAGACCCCUAAUUAUCCUUUGCCUGAAAAACCAGCUCCAGAAAAUGUGCCAGACACAUACUGCAUUUACAACGAGAGAGAAAAGAACCUGGAAGAAAGCAUAAACAUUCUGGAGAAGAGCUACGGCAAUGAGGCCAAGUGCAAAGGCACAUUGGCCAACGGUGCCUGGAAGCAGGAGAAUCUUCUUCUUAAAAGCCCCACAGCAAUGGCACCUGCAAAAGAACCUGAGACCUACCGACAGAAAGUUGCCAGACAGACAUAUUUUUGCAAACAGCUUGCCAAGAGGAAGUGGCAGUUGUAUAAAAACUACUGUGGCGAGACUGUGUCUCUUUUUAAAAACAAAGUAUUUUCUGCGCUCUUCAUCGCUAUCCUGCUUUUUGACAUCGGGGGGUUUCCGCCUUCACUGCUGAUGGAGGAUGUGGCAAGAAGUUCCAGUGUGAAAGAAGAGGAAUUUAUUAUACCUCUUAUCUCCAUUAUAGGCAUUAUGACCGCCGUUGGAAAACUCCUCCUAGGGAUUCUGGCUGACUUUAAGUGGAUCAACACUUUGUAUCUUUAUGUAGCUACGUUAAUAACCAUGGGCCUGGCCUUGUGUGCAAUCCCGUUUGCCAAGAGUUACGUGACACUGGCAAUACUUUCUGCCAUCCUAGGGUUCCUCACUGGUAAUUGGUCCAUCUUCCCAUACGUGACCACCAAGACUGUGGGGAUUGACAAAUUAGCGCAUGCCUACGGAAUAUUAAUGUUCUUUGCUGGACUCGGAAAUAGCCUUGGACCACCAAUUGUUGGUUGGUUUUACGACUGGACCCAGACCUAUGACAUUGCAUUUUAUUUCAGUGGCUUGUGCGUCCUGCUGGGAGGUUUUAUUCUGCUGCUGGCAGCCUUGGCCCCCUGGGAUACGUGUAAAAAACAACUUCCUAAGCCAACACCAACAACUUUUUUGUACAAAGUUGCCUCUAAUGUUUAGAGGGAUAUUGGAAGACACUAUUUUUUUGCCAUUUUAUACCAUAUCGCAAAAAAUAUUUUGACAAUUUUCAAGCAGGCUCUCUUGAGUCAACACUGUUUUCUCAUAGCAGACUUUGACGGUGGCUGACUCUGAAUGCAUUUUUAAACUUUUUAUAUAUCCUACUCUUUAUAUAUUCUGUGUGUAGCCUUUAUCCCCUGUACCGCUCUCCCCCAAGAAAUGGAACUAUUUUUUAUUGUUGUUCACUAGUUCUUAACAUCGUAAAACUUUUGACCAGCCUCUGAAGGCUUUCUCAGUGGAAAGUAUGGAUUUUCUGCUGACUCCUCUGUUCUCCUGCAAGGGGCCCAGUAUCUCUUCUGUUUUGAAGCUGGUGCAAGCCUUGUGAUGGGCAUAUGUGAAGGCCACUGGGCGAUAAAUCACUCUGUGGUUGACCUUCUCCUCAACAGGCUCCCAGCCACUCCAUCAGGAAGUGAAAGUAGUUAUAAAACAGCAUCAAGACUUGCAGUGCAACAAAUGGAUCAUUUAAAAGCCUCUUUUAUAGUCAUCCGUUUUCAUUAUUUUAUUUUACUUGCCUUGCUUUAGCACCUCUGUGUGUCUGCUGCCUUCUGCACCGGAACGUUUCACCUAAGGUGUUUGCUGGGGUGCAGGCGGACUCCAAGCAGAGGAGCAGCCUUGCUUCAGGGCUGGCCGUAGACCCUGGCUCAGUCUGUCAGCAUCCACUCCGCUGGCGCUUCCCAGAAAGUGCUGCCUUUACCUGCUUUCAAGUAGGAAAUGCAUUUUGGACCAUUCCAUGUGGCAAACGGGGCACCUCCGUUUGUUUUUGGCACAGUGGGGACGGGUUACAAGUGCUUGUACAUCUUCCUAAUGAAGCCUUUGUUUGCCACAAUCAGAUUUUCCCACCAUCACAUUUUAAUUCAAGUGCAGAACUAAAAAGUGAAUAUGUGGUGUGUGUGUGUGUGUGUGUGUGUGAGUGAGCUAAGUCUACGUGGGACAUGGGAAGGGGAAAAGGCCAUCAGAAAUUGAGCCCCUUUGCUCAAGAAGAAGUUCUCGGAAGAAAAUGUUGAAUAAAUUGCUAUUUUCCCCCCAGAGAAAUGGGUUUUAAACAAUGGUGUGCAAUGGAAUCCCUUAUUGAUCCUUUAAACAUAUAGGUGCCUGGGUGCCACACUUAGAGAUUUUCAUUUAAUUCUACAGAUCUAGGCUGUGGCCCAAAACAUCUGUAUGUUUAACAGGUUCAGGUGAUUCUGAUAACGUAGUCUGGGGUGAGAAUGGCUGUUAUGAGAUUGGCCAUAGAGAAACAUUUAUUCUAAAAAAAAAAAAAAAAAAAAAAAAGCCAUGAGGUCAGGGGCUUUUAAUAAAUAAAUAACCAAGUGUUCUUUAAGUAAGAGGCAUCCUUCCCAUUGUGCCAAAUUUGUCUUCAUUUCUUUUGAAAUACAUGAUUGUUUUAUCCUCUACUUCUAUGUUGCUUUCCUUCGAAGGCACCUGAAGCACUUUAGUAGCAUGAGACCUCACAGUGCCUCUGUGAGUAGGUAAAUUGGACUUUCCUGUGUAGAAUGGAGAAUUCACGAAGGAGUUAAUCCUGCUCAGUAAUGCAAUAACGGGGCUUUGGGGCACCUCAGACCUCUGCUCCAUAUGUUCAGACUUCUGGAAAGUUUUCUGUACCUCAUUGUUAGUCACUGAAAAAGUUAGUAAAUAAAAUAAAUGAUGUUUAAAAGAAAAAAUUA